AUGGCCAGAGGACAAGCGGCCGUAGUGCUGUGCCUGGAUGUAGGCUUUACAAUGGGCAAUUCUGCCUCUGAUGAGGAGUCUUCACUUGAACAAGCCAAGAGGGUUAUGGCAAAGUUUGUGCAGCGACAGGUUUUUGCUGAGAGUAAAGAUGAAGUCGCUGUAGUUUUGUUUGGCACAGAUGGUACUAGGAAUGACCUUGCCAGUGAAGAUCAAUACCAAAACAUUACUAUACAUAGGUCACUAAUGCUACCAGAUUUUGAUCUACUGGAAGACAUUCAAGAUGUGAUUAAACCAGGCUCUGAGCAAGCAGACUUUCUGGAUGCAAUUAUUGUGUGUAUGGACUUACUUCAGAAGCAAACAAUAGGAAAGAAAUACGAGAAGAGACACAUUGAAGUGUUUACAGACCUUAAUAGUCCUGUCAGUGAGGAUCAGCUGGAAAUUAUCAUUGAUAACUUGAAGAAAACAGGAAUUUCACUUCAGUUUUUUCUGCCAUUUCCAGUGGAUGUUGGUGGUGGAGGUGGAGAUACAAGUGCCACUGUACAUUCUCAAAUGCACAGAAACUCUUUUCCACUAAAGGGUUUAACUGAGCAACAGAAGGAAGGCGUUCAUGUGGUGAGGAAACUGAUGCAUACUUUGGAUGAAGAAGGAGGGCUGGAAGAAAUUUAUACUUUCAGAGAGAGCCUGAAGCGUCUUUCGAUGUUUAAGAAAUUAGAAAGAAGACCUAUGGCUUGGCCCUGCCAGCUCACUAUUGGUUCUAAUUUAUCUAUAAGGAUUGUGGCCUACAAAUCAGUCACAGAAGAGAAGGUGAAAAAAAUCUGGACGGUUGUGGAUGCUAAAACUCUCAGUAAAGACGAUGUGCAGAAAGAAACUGUUUACUGCUUGAAUGAUGAUGACGAGACAGAGGUUCAGAAGGAUGAUACUAUUCAAGGGUUUCGCUAUGGGAGUGAUAUAAUUCCUUUUUCCAAGGAAGAUGAAGAGCAAAUGAAAUACAAAACAGAAGCAAAAUGUUUUUCUGUUUUGGGAUUCAGCAGAUCCUCUCAGAUCCAGAGGCAUUACUACAUGGGCAACCAGGUUCUGAAGGUUUUUGCAGCGAAAGAUGAUGAGAAUGCAGCAGUUGCUUUUUCUGCUCUUGUUCAUGCAUUGGAGGAGUUGAAAGUGGUAGCUAUAGUGCGUUAUGCUUAUGACAGAAGAUGCAACCCGCAAAUUGGGGUAGCUUUUCCAUAUAUUAAGGAUGCAUACGAGUGCCUCAUCUAUGUGCAGCUACCCUACAUGGAAGACUUAAGACAGUACAUAUUUUCAUCCUUGAAAAACAAUAAAAAAUGCAUUCCUACAGCGGAUCAGUUGUCUGCUGUUGACUCUUUGAUUGAUUCUAUGAAUUUGGUUUAUGAAAAUGAUGAUGGAGAAACUUUUGAGGACCUGUUUAAGCCCAGCAAAAUCCCAAACCCUCAUUUUCAGAGGCUAUAUCAGUGUUUGCAGCAUAAGGCUUUUCACCCCGAUGAUCCAUUGCCACCAAUUGAACAGCACCUUUUAGAGAUGCUGGAGAUGCCCUGUGUGGUAAAAGAAAGGUGUCAGGCUCCUCUUGAAAAAGUAAAAGCACUUUUCCCCCUAAAGGAAGUUGGCAAGAAAAAAGAGGAGAAGACUGCUCAAGACAUCUUCAAAGACAACAGUGAAGAAGGACCCAACUCUAAGAAACCAAAAAUUGAAGAUGAGGAAGGCAGCUUUAGCAUCAUAAAACUUGCUGAAGGCAAUGUCACCUCUGUUGGCAGUGUUAACCCAGCAGAAGAUUUCCGAAUUCUGGUGAGGCAGAAAAAUGCGGACUUCAAAGACGUGAGUCGGCAGUUGACAAACCGCAUUGAUCAGUUCCUAGAAAAUAAAGGUUCACAGUACUACAUGAAAGGGAUCAAUUGUAUCGGAGUUUUCAGAGAGGAAGCCAUUAAGCUGUCCAAGGUGCAGUGCUUUAAUGAUUUUCUGCAGGCCCUGAAAUCAAAGGUGGAAGAUAAAGCCUUAGCAGAUUUCUGGGAGAUCAUGAUACAAGACAGAAUUUCUUUGUUCACUAAAGAUGAAGCAGAAGGAAGUUCGGUGACUAGUGAAGAAGCUGAAAAGUUCUUGGCUCCGAAAGAAAAGAAAAAUGAAACUCUGCCUCCCACAGAUGAAGGUGGUGAUGUUGAUGAUUUGCUCGACAUGAUGUGACUGGAUGAUAUAUGGUGACUAUACGUGCGAAGUUUUGGAAGAGAUCUCCCUGUGAGAUGGGGCACACAACAGGAUGCUGAUAAGAAGACAGUAUAUACAUCUUUAUUUUCUCGAAUGAGAGCAGAAGUCUCAGAGACAUUUGCAGUUGGCAUAAAUGUCAUCUGACUUUUCAGAACUAGAACUGAAGAUUGAAGUAAUCUUAAGUAUUUGUCAAGUGAAGCUACCUUUAAGGCAUCUCUAUUU